AUGUCUUCAACAGAAGGGGACUAUGUCUAUCAAGAAGUUAACCGUCUUUCCAUCAUUGAUAAUGAGAAGCUCACCGGAGUUGAAGUGGUGAAGUUAUUCAAAUAUUUCACCAAAAACCCCAAUGAAACAGCUGAGGUGGAAAAGUCCCUUAGACGCAGUCCAAAUGAUGAAAUUCGGCUUAUGUACCUAAGGGAAUUAUUAAAUGGAAAGUUUACUGUAGGUCGAUUAGAAUCCGCAGGCACCUUUGAUCAACAAAGAAAUUCCCACUACCUCAACCAGCUCCAUAUCGACCAUGGUCGUCUUCUAUCAGCGGUACUGAAUGGACGACAAAUGGGUAGCAAUCCGAUUAUUGUCGGCUCUCGUCCACCACCGAACGAUUCGCUAUGGGAUCGGAUUGAAAGUCAAGGUUAUGAUGUAGUCGUGUUUGAUCGAAAUAUAGAAAAUAAAGAAAAUAAAGUUGAUAUGGAACUAGGUGCUUCUGCAAUGGAUGUUAUCUGGACUAGAGAUCCUGGUAUAUUUGUUUUAGUUUCUGGAGAUGGUGAUUAUUUUCCUGUAGUAAAACGGGCUCUGAAUCAUAAUUGGAAGGUCGAAACAUGGUUUUGGCGAUCAGGAGUAUCCGGUGAUCUCACGGAAUAUUCCUCCUCGUUCUAUCCUUUGGAUAAUUACUAUAAAUACUUUACAUAUGCAUAUGGACAAGACCCCGUUGGGAAAAAUCAUAUCCUUGAAAUAACCGAUGGUGAAACGGUUGGAAAUUGGAAGGGUGAAGAAGUAAUGGAUUGUUUUUUUUCAUUACAAUUGUUUGGGUGGUGGUACAGAAAAGAAAGGCAGAUUAUAUACUUGUAUUUCGAUAACAAAUCGAAUUUGAAAAAAGUAAAAAAUUGGAUGGAGUUUAAACAUUCGGAUAUAAAGGUUUGGGAAAUGCCAGAAAUAAAAAGAAGAAGUUGGGUAGUUGGGUAA